UUUGUUUUGAUUUAUGCACAGGUUGGGCCCAUGUGGUUUGUGCACUUUAUAUUCCAGAGGUGCAGUUUGCAAAUGUUACUACAAUGGAACCUAUUGUACUACAGUACGUUCCUCAUGAACGCUUCAACAAGACUUGCUACAUCUGUGAGGAACAAGGCCGUGAAAGCAAAGCAGCAACUGGUGCUUGUAUGACUUGUAAUAAACAUGGAUGUCGACAGGCUUUCCAUGUGACUUGUGCUCAGCUGGCAGGACUUCUGUGUGAAGAAGAAGGUUCAGAAGCUGAUAAUGUUAAAUAUUGUGGCUACUGCAAAUAUCAUUUUGGCAAGUUGAAACAGAAGGACAGGGAUAAAUAUAGACAACAGAAAAUCAAGAAACCUUUGGACUUGUCAUCUACAGUUCCAUCUCUCACUGUGACAACUGAAAAGACUUAUACAAGCAGUAGCACCGGCUUUAUAUCUGGAUCCUUGAAGAGGUUGGAAGAAACUACUGCUCGAUUUACAAAUGCAAAUUUCCAGGAAGUAUCAACUCAUCCUUCAAGUGGGAAUGAAAAUGCUGAGAUUAAAGGCUUGGAGGUCAAAGGGAAAAAGUCAGGAGGACAUGGUUCUAGUCAGAGGGGAAGGAAACCAGGCAUUGGAAAAACUUCGACUUGUUCCUCUGUUCCAACAGCAUCAACAAGCCCUUUUCCACAAGGCAAUCUAAUAGGAACCCCAUCCAGCAUAAAAUCAUCUGGCAGUUCAGUCCAAUCACCGCAAGAGUUUCAAACUUUCACUGAACCAGAUACAAGAAGUGAUAGUUUCAGCAAUUCACAACAGUCCUCAAACAGAGAGACAGCUAAAGGAGAAACUCUUGACCAAGAAGGGACUUUAAUUAGUAAUAGUCCUGUGCUGGGCCUCCCACCAACAUCUGGACCUCCUGAAAUAAUAAACAUUGAACAUUCAAAACAGACUGAGAGUGGUUGUGAAGAUAAAGACAUUUCUGAUGUUACUACUGUUACUUCAAGUGGUGUAUCAGGGUAUAAAAGAGCUCAAAAUUCAGUCGGGGAGGAAGAGGCAAUAAAAGAAAAAAAGAGAAAGGGAAAUAAAAAGUACAAACAUGGACCUGGCAGACCAAAAGGAAGUAAAAAUAAAGAUAAUGUUUCUCAGCUUUCUCUCUCAUCUGUAUCACCAUCGUCAUCAGUUACAUCUGCUGCAGGCAGUGUGGCAAGUGUAAGUCUGCAGAAAUCUCCAUCCCUACUCCGAAAUGGAAGUUUACAGAAUCUUAGUGUCAGCUCAUCUCCAGCAGGUUCAGGUGUUUACACAAGUAAUGACGUACCAGUUUCACUGCAGAAUACUCUACCAGGCUUGAUCUGCAGUACUCCACUUUCCAGUUCUAUUUUACCUCCACAAAGUGCAGCCCAUUCACAACAGAUGUGCACAUCACCUUCAGCUCCUGUUUCUGUUGCAGCAAUGGUUUCUACAACCCAGAAAGCUUCCUAUAUGCGUGCAUCACAGAUCUUCCCAAGACUGCAAGAAACUAGAGACUUACGAACACAGCCCAGACCAUCACGCAAACCGGCCUUCCAUCCAUUGACACCAUCUAUACUUCCCGCUGCUUCAGGAAAGCAGCCUACAUAACAGUGACCCCUCCCA